UUCAUGUGGGUCGACUGGAACACACAGAUAAGAAUCAUUAUAUCAAAAGAACGGAUGUUCAUUACUCUACAUAUAUAAAGCGUGCGUUCAUUUUAUAUAAGUAUGUACAAAUUAACAGUUGGCAUUCUUCUAAUCACAGCGACGUUACAUACCUGUAAUGGCGUCUGUCGUGACCUGAUUCCCGAUUGUGCAGAAUACACAGCGACUGCUUGUAAAACUCCGUAUGAAUCGUGGGCCAGGAAAAACUGUGCAAACUUUUGUGGAUUCUGCACUCCAGAGUGCAGCGAUGCGAUUUCAGAUUGCUCCGAAUAUGGCAAACAAGCAUGUGUAGCGCCAUACUUAUCAUGGGCAAAAAAUCACUGUGCAAGUUACUGUGGAUUGUGUGGUAGCAAUGCUCUCCCCACUAAGACCACCCCAACCAUUCAAACAACUCCAGUAAUUAGGGGAUGUACGUACAAAGGAAAGACACAUGCAGUCGGUGUCACGUGGCUGGACGGAUGUGAUUAUAGAUGCACCUGUACAAAUGAUGGUCGUACCCAAUGUGUGCAGCCUUGCGUUGUCUAUUCCAAUUUACCCACCAACUGUCAUGAAGAACCUGUACCUGGUAACUGUUGUAAACGAAUCAUCUGUUCUAUAAAUAGUACAGUAGCUGGAACUGUUAGUUCUUUGGAUAUGAAUCAGAAGUGUUUAUACAAGAACAAAACCUACACAAGAGGUCAGACGUGGAUGGACGGGUGUGAUUACAAAUGCACGUGCGAAAGAAACGGCAUCGCCCAAUGCUCUCCUCCAUGUGUUAUCUACACCAAUCUUCCUCCCUCCUGCCAUUAUGAAACAGUUCCUGGUGAAUGCUGCAGGAAAGUAGUCUGUGCUGUAACAGGCAAUGGAAUAACUCAAAGUGAGAAGAAGUGCAUUUACAAGGACAAAUCCUAUGCCGUUGGUGAGGUGUGGCAGGAUGGAUGUGAUUACAAUUGCACGUGUUUAGAAGGACUUACAUCCCACUGCUCCACUUUGUGCAACGAGUUUCUCCACCUUCCACCAAACUGUCAUUAUGAAGUAGUUUCUGGACAAUGCUGUAGGAAGUUAGUUUGUUCGAAUACAACAAGCGCUUCAUUUAUCGACCGCAUGGGCUGCCGUUACAGAAACAAAACGUACACGACAGGGCAGACAUGGAUGGAUGGCUGUUCCAUCAAUUGUACAUGCCUUGAUAGUCGAUCAGGGCAAUUCAAUUGUAUCAGCACAUGUCCCGAAAUCCAGACAGCUGAAGGUUGUUCUUUGGUGAAAAGAAAUGGAAAGUGUUGUCCAGAAUCUGUAUGUGACUUGUCGAAUGUAAACACAACAACCGUAUUAACAAACUUCCAUGGAUGUGUUUACAAAGAUGGCUCUAUCUACGAGACUGGUGACAUGUGGUUUGAUGGAUGUAAAUGGCGAUGUUAUUGUCAAUCAGGCAAUUUCUAUAAUUGUGAGAGUAGAUGUGUGGAGUUCCACCUCUCCUCUCCAUGUAAACUCGAUCCUCCUCCAACAGGGAAGUGCUGUAAGAUACCUCACUGUCCAGCGAACUACGUCUUUAAUUAUCCACCUGGCUAUGUGCAGGAAUAACGUGCUGACAUUUGAACAAGGAAUUUUUUAUGCUGUUACAUGUAUAUAUAUUCUCAAAUAAAAUUGUCGUUUUCAGUUUGAAAUCGAACAUUUUA